AAAGUCACUUGAGUCAGUCCCCAACAAACGGUCUUCUUCGUGUCCAGAGUGAAAAGGAGCCAUCAUUUGCAGAUUUUCCCUUGAACAGUAGAUACAUUUCCCGUACCUGGUAUGACGUUCAACGAGCCUUUAAUGUGCAGGAGAACUUGAAAAAAAAUUCUACACCGGCCUAGACACGUAACAAAGGCCUGAAAAACGCUGGUGAGUGUGGCCUCCCCGCGACGCCAUAUUGGUUGACCUCCUUGAAGGCCUGAGAGGAAUAUUCUUAUCAUCGUGCAUCUCCUUCAUCUAUAUCAUCAGUGUUGUGGGUGUGCUGGCGACCACCAUGGCAGACAUGGCGACCAUCCCCAAUCACACCUCGCCGAUCAAACCCAUACUUAAUAACCAGGUGGUGAAAUCUAUGGAUGACAAAUCCUGGAAGUCCCAGCUGGUGCUUCCUCCAAGAGACAGAAGGAAACGAACAUCAGAUGUGACAGACACUAAAGGCAAUGAGUUUGAGGACUUCUGUUUGAAGCGGGACUUAUUGAUGGGUAUCUUUGAGAAGGGGUGGGAGAAGCCGUCCCCCAUCCAGGAGGCCUCUAUCCCCGUUGCCCUAAGUGGAAGAGAUAUUUUGGCUCGUGCCAAGAAUGGCACUGGAAAGACAGGGGCAUACUCAAUCCCCCUUCUGGAACAGAUUGACCCUACUCAGAACCACAUCCAAGCUCUGGUCAUUGUGCCCACACGAGAACUGGCUCUGCAGACUAGUCAUAUUUGCAAUGAGUUAGCCAAACAUUUAGGUGUCAAGGUUAUGGUGACAACUGGAGGAACUAAUUUAAAGGAUGACAUCAUGAGAAUCUAUGAAAUAGUGCAUGCAGUGAUUGCCACUCCUGGUAGAAUCCUUGACUUGAUGGAGAAGAAGGUUGCAGUUAUGGAUAAGUGCCGGAUGUUGGUAUUAGAUGAGGCUGACAAACUCUUGUCCCAGGAUUUCAAAGGCAUGUUGGACAGGGUGAUCUCUUACCUACCUCCAGAGCGACAGAUCCUUCUCUAUUCUGCUACGUUUCCUCUUACUGUGGAGCAAUUCAUGAAGAAGCAUCUGAGAUCUCCAUAUGAAAUCAACCUGAUGGAUGAGCUAACCCUGAAAGGAGUGACACAGUACUAUGCAUUUGUCCAAGAACGACAGAAAGUCCACUGCCUAAAUACCCUAUUCUCAAAGGAGAGGACUCUUGGUGUUUCUACCAUAGAGCAACUGCACUGCAACUUCCAGAGGAAGCAAAAGACCAUGAGAAGAAAAGACUACCUUGCCAAAAUUCCCAAGGAGAAACUGCAGUACAUCAAGUCUGUGUACAAAGACCUUGCAAAUCCAAACCUUCUCAAGAGGUGCCUGAAGGGUGCUACACAAAACCCUAACGAAUCCAUCCAUGCAAAGGUUUGGAAUAGGUACAGCAAAACAAAAUUUUGUGGCCACACAAGACUUCUCUUCAUAGUCAAACAUACACCUGUUCAACACAACUUUGGGUAUGAAGGAGCAAAUAUCAUUUCACAUCUCCUUGGGACUGACACAAGAUUGCAUGAAACAAUGAAGUUUUUGGACCAAGAAAGAGCCAGACAUGCAACACCAAAGUUGAAGAAGGCACUGCAAAAGAAAGAUGACUCUUUAUCAGGCUGGAGAUCUCCAGACUUGUUUACAAGAGGUAUAGACAUCCAAGCUGUUAAUGUCGUCAUAAACUUCGACUUCCCCAAGAUGGCCGAAACUUACUUGCACAGGAUUGGUAGAUCAGGACGCUUUGGGCAUCUUGGCAUUGCCAUCAACCUGAUAACUUACGACGAUCGCUUUGCUCUGCAUCGCAUUGAGCAGGAGCUAGGCACAGAGAUCAAGCCUAUCCCCAAGGUCAUUGAUCCUGCUUUGUAUGUUGCGGAGCAUCACUUUGAAGAGGAUGACGAAGGCAAUAUCAGCAAGUAACUGCCCCCUGGUGAUCAUUUAAGAUGGCACAAACGGGGAAAGAGCAUCUCUGUUCCCUUCGUUUAGUGUCCCAAGGCCACAAGUGGAAGCCAUCAGCCAAUACAGCAGAACACCACACUCGUACUAGGCAUCACUUCAGACCUUGGAUUGCUGGGACGUGGGGACUGGAUAGGGAACAGGAAAUGAAAGUAGUGUUUGGCAUUGUGGUGAAUGGUAGCUAACUCUGGCUGGCCUGUUUAGGUUGUCUGCGAGACUAUACUCUCAGGUGAUUAUCAAUAUGAAUAGAAUAUUUCGGUGGUUUUCCUUUGUAAAGUCUAUCAUAAACACUUCGGCCAGCUAGUGGUGGUGCCCAAGAAGAACGGCUGCAAAGGACAGCUUAUGUGUUGUGUCGAGUCAAUGAGUGACUAGAAUUGUGCGAAUCAAGAUGCAGUGCAGGAAAUUUGGAAAAAUACUCGUUAGCUAGUGUGAUGUUCUGUUGAUGGUGAUAGCUUUAUUCACUAACUGUUGUGGCCAGAAAUUCAAAUGACAAUAUUUAUUGUCUCAAUGGUGUUGACACACAGGUCUACAGUCAUUAGUGAGAAGUGAGUAAUGUGUGUACAAGGAGUGAGGUGUUGGAUCUUGCCCUCGACCACUGUUUUUGCAAGACCGUCGUACCUCAACUGCAACAGAAACUCUCAGAUAUACAAAUAUUCGUCUGUGAUGUAUUUCUAAUGACUGGGACAGGACCUAUCAUGGAAAGCAGGACCUACAUAUGAUCAAUUAAUUGUUGCUGCCUUUGGGAAGGCAGUCAUUGGUCUUUGCUUUUAAAUAUUUAUGUACAGUUAGGACAACUUGUGCAUUGUUACCGUGGGAGUAUUGCGUGGUUAAAACUUUUCCCUAUUGACCAUUUAUUUCGUAAUGAUCUAAAUGCUUCACAAAGAUUAUAAAAAAUCCUGACUAAGUUAGGACAAAGCUGGUUUGACAAUGCACAUUUGUAGUUUUGUAAAUCUAUUUUUAUACAAGAUGGAUUGUAAGUUACCAGUAGGAUGGAGUGGUUCUCUGUACAUCUCCAAACAAGGGUGGGUCCACUCCAAGCAACCCUUCCAUCCUGCUGGUGUCUGGCUGUCCUCUCUGUACAGUUCUCCCAGUGAAACCCAACUGCAGCACUGAUACCAUAACCCAAAGCUACACCUUGUCUAGCAGAAUUGGUGUGAAACCUAUGCCUUCAUCACCGCCAUCAGUGCAGUGCUGAGAGACCAUGGACUCGUAAAGGCACGAUGUGGAAGUUGGGGGAAAUAGUUUGUCAGGUCAGCAGUUGUGGAAUGAGAGCAGGCUCUUUUCAGGGCUCAUGGUUUAUAGUUAAAAUUUUGGAUUCUGAUGGCAUCCCCCAGAUUACUGCCUAACUUAGCUGGGGCCUAGGCUUGUGAAUCCUAAAAAAAUUCCUCACCUCAAACGCUGUGAUCAAGCAUUCAGCUCACAGUUUAAGAACCUAAGGGAGAUAUUUUUUUUUUUUUUUUUUUUUUUUUUUUUUUUUUUUAUGGACCCACCCGAAUUUCAUCUGACAAAUAUUUAAGUGAUGUGCUCAUUCAAAAUUCUUGACUCAUUUACUCUGUCUCUCUCUAUUCUGUCAUUAGUCAGGUGAAAAUACUUCUCUUCUGAUAUUGUUUGAUUUUACAUUUUGGCAUUUGGACAUUGUAGUUACAAUACCAUUUUUGUUUUUGUUUUUGUUUUUUUGUGUACUUUAUCAAAAUUGUCAUAAUUGGAGCACUGCCAGUGGGUGCCUUGUAAUCCUGCUCCCAUUGGUAAAAAUGUUUUAACUAUUUAAAUUCACCUAGGCACAGAGGAGCUUACAAAAACUUAUGCCAUUAUUAUGAAAUCUGUCCAGUGUAAGCUGCUCCUAAGCCUCCUUCUACCUUGUACUCUGACAAAAUUUGGAUUACACCAUUCUAACAUCACAUAUUUGUAAGUGGUCAAAAUUUCCACCAUGUUAAAGAUAAUUAAAUUUAACUCAAACAACAGGGAGCCAAAGUUAAUUGGCUGGAAAAACUAUUGAGUGGUGGGAAAUUGACCAUAUUAAUAUGCUCCAUCAACACCUUGGAGUUUUAGAAAGUGCUUUUAUAGACUAUUUCAUUGGCUAGUAUUUUGAUAUUUAAACACAAAGGACCAUGUUAAAAUUGUUUUUAUCAGUAGCAAUAUGUAAAGACUACUUAAGGGUACUGCACCCUGAAUGAUAUUCAUGAGUACCAUGAAUUUAUGAAUCCUGGAAUGAUGCAAGUUUUUAUUUUUGACUUAAAAGUACUACUGAACUUCUGGUUUUGGGGCUUGGGCACCUCAUUCUUUAUGGUGUGGGAUAGAGGACUUGAUUCCAGUAAUUCAUUUUUAAGUUAACUUCCUGGAACAUUAUUGCAUUGUGGAAUAUAAAAUGCUCCCUGUAAUUACAUUUGCGGUAAAGAUUGGUGUUGACAUCAAAGAAUCACCUACAGGCUCUGCACUCUCCAUCCCUUGCAAACCUGUACAGGUGUCCAAUGGGGGAGGAAUCUCUUUGAACUAAAUUUUGAUUUGUCUUUAGACAAAAUUGUAACAAGUUAUUGGUCACAAUUAAAUAAGCCUCACCCCA